UAAAAUAUUUUCUCUAAAAGAAAAUAUCCGUAAAACAUAUGUUUUAGGCGCAAACAAAUCAAGUGUUAUACUAGGAAAUAGUUACAAAUAUUAUUUAUUUCCUCCACAAAUUAAACUAGGAAAUGCUAAUGAGUGAACUGUAGGAAAAUGAAGUCCACAUAUCGAUCCCUUAUUUCCCGCCACACAUCACCGAAGUAUGUAUUCUUCUUUAUCAAUUCCACUUCUGCAAUUCGAAAAAAGUUUCACACCAAAUCCAAACGCAACUCAUCUACUCUCCUCUACAAAACCCACCACAAUUCAUAGCUCACACACCAAAAUCCAAUCCUUAAUCACAAAACCCAUCUCUCAAAACAUCCAAAUUCCUCAAAAAUGGGCUUAGUUUUCGGAAAAAUCGAUGUCGAAACCCCUAAAUUCGAACUCAUCAAAUCCACCAAUGACUACGAGAUCCACAAAUACUCUCCCUCAGUGAUCGCCGAGGUCACAUACGAUCCAACCCACUUCAAAGGCAACAAAGAUGGCGGUUUUAUGAUCUCCGUGAAUUACAUCGGCAUUGUUGGAAAUCCCCAGAAUUCCACGCUAGAGAAGAUCACAAUGGCAGCUCCAGUGAUAACCCAAUCGUCGCCAGAGAAGAUUCCGAUGACAGCUCCGGUGGUGAUGAAGGAAGUGGAGGAUAAGGAGAAAAAGAUGAUGACUAUGCAGUUUAUAUUGCCGGAGAAGUAUAGGAAGGCAGAUGAGGCACUGAGGCUGGUGGACGAGAGGGUGAUGAUUAGGGAGAAGAGGGAGAGGAAGUAUGGGGUGGUAAAGUUUGGUGGCGUGGCGACGGAGGAGGUGGUGGUGAAGAAGGUAGAGGAGCUGAGGAAAGGUUUGGAGAGAGAUGUGUAUAAGGUGAUUGGGGAGUUCUUGGUGGCUAUGCCUGCUUUUAGGACUAAUGAAGUCUUGUUACCCAUUGAGUGAUUUUCUAGUGUUUUGAGGGGUUUGUGAUUGAGUGAUUUCCUAAUUUAGUUGCAUACUUUGUCAUCUAUUUUGCUUUAGUUUUGUUCUUGACAUUGAUGCAUGAUAAUUUAGUUUAUGUAUGUGCAAGAAAAAGUUGCUUGUUGUUGGAUGACUUUGAACAUCUUGGCUCUUUGUUUAGAUGGAAUGAAUGUUUCAAGGGCUUGUUAUUUUGUCGCUUUUAA